AUGGUCCUGAAUACUUCAGCUUUAUUCGCCAAGUUAGAGACCUCUACAGACUACAAGCUCCUCUCGCUUACUCCUGACCUCUUGGCUGCGAUCGAGAGAAAUGAAAAACUUGAGUUUAAAGCUGCCAGGGCCGAAGAGGCGGUAGUACUUUGCUCUAAGGAUAAAACGUGGUUAGUGAAGCAGAAAAAUCACUCUAAUACCGUUCUUUUGAUGGAAGAAUUUGCGCCUGAAGACUUCUCCAUGGAUUUCCCUCCAUCCGCGGCCCCAUACGGGCAGCCCUUGUCGUUCCACCUUGGAUACUCCAAACAAAACCAUGAACUCGAACCCCGGCUGACGAGUGGGGAGGUCGAUAUCAGUCUACUACCAGUAUUCUCAGGGAACGAGCAAAAAUUCAAAGAGUUUGUGAGCACAACGAAGUGCGUGAAGAAAACUGUUGCAGAACUCAGAGACUGCUCACCAUGUUCUGCACUAGAAUUUGAAAGGAUAUGGCCGUCGUAUGGUGGCUGUGUUGUACAAAAUAUAGCAUGCAUCUUAUCACGAGAUUUCAUAUCAAGAGCGUUGCACAUCACUCUCAUGAGCUGUAUGGCAGAAUCGCUAAACUUCGAAAGAUUAACCUUAAAAGAAGUGUUCGUCGCUGUGAAUAAGGAUAUGGGGGAUGAGGGUGAGUUCAAUCCAUUUAGCUUCGAAGUGAUUCGUACUAUUUUAGGCAAGUUUUCGGAGAGUUGUGAUAAUGGAUUUUUUAUUCUUCAAAGAAAGGCAGUAGCGCGUUGGUAUGGUAUAGAUGCUUUAACAAAAUGUGCAUCACGGACAAUGAUCCCGCAGGAGGAAUUUAUGAUAAAAUGGAAAUCUCUAUUUCCACCAUAUUUUUCCUGUGAUUUGGAUUUCAAUGCCCUGCGAGGGCAUUUUUAUCGCCCUUUAGGAUCCAACAUACAAUAUUUCUCCAAAGCGGCCCUUCCGGAUAACCCUAAAGACCGAUUCGACUAUCUUUUCAAGAUGCAAUCAACUUGGGAUCUUGACGAUAUGGUGCCGUUUAUCCAAGAGUUGAACAGCAAAGGCGUCAAGAUGGACAGUUUUGUCAUGAAAUAUGCACGAAGGAAAAGGCAUGGAAAGCGCACUUUAAUAAGUGCUCGGUAG